AUCGAUGCAUUAGAAGCCAAAGGACACUGGGCUUCAUUAGACGAACUAUUGCAAGCUGUUACUUAUCACCUACCUCGCUAUGAGACUGUGACCAAAGUGUGCCGAGACACGCCUUGCAAAGCCACUCCUUCGGACCUUUCGUUUGCCACUAGAUUCGUAGCCGUCUACCUAUUCAUUAAGGUGAAAGGAUCCCGCCCGAUGACUUAUCAGUACUUGACGGUGGGCAUGGUGGAAAUGGCAAAGACGAACGGAGGAUACAUCGAUCAAAAGCAGUUUAAAACGACGGCUAAAUUUGGAUUCGAUUCGUUGUACCUUUCCGACUGUAGCUUGCAAGUGUUAGAUGCAUAUAUUACGCAUGUGCGACCUCUUUUAAAGCCUACAAGCUGUAGCUGUGAUUAUGUACUCGUGACCAAGAAAGGAGGGCAACAUAAUAAAAUUGGGCAGCUGAUGAGCAAGAUGGUUUUCGAGGCGACUGGCAAAUACAUUCAUACAACAAGAUAUCGCCACAUCGUCGAGACUGCCAGCCAUCAACAGCUGACCAUCAGUGAGCAAGAAGCGAUCACCGAGGAUCAGAAGCACAGUUCCGUGGUGGCUAAAGUGCAUUACCAAAAGCGACGAUCUCGCGACGUAGCCAYGAAAGCUCACGAAUGCAUGAAAAAAUUGCAGGGCACAAAGGGUUCUCAAUUGGACGGAGACGUGUCUACGAGACUUAGUUCUGAUAGCUGUGGUUCUUCGUCACCCAGCGAGAAACCAUCUACCGACUUGGACGGCACAAAAAAUGAAUCCGCCACAAACAACACUCGACCAGGCAGCAUGGCUACGGCGACCGGAAAUGCGAGUUGCAGCAAAAGGAGAACACUACUUCUCUUUACUCCAGAAGAAGAUGAAUGCUUGAAAGAUGGCAUAAAGCGAUAUGGUUUUGGACGGUGGUCGGCCAUUUUGAGGGACCACAAGUACACAUUUCAGAAGGGAAGAAAUGCAAACUCUUUGCUGAAUCGCGCAUGUAGAAAAUUCAAAACUUAA